AUGGUCGGCAAAGUCAGCGAAAGGGUUCUCCUCCGUGAGGGCCUGGAGAGGACCGAUAAUGGCAUGAAGCUGACGAGCUGGCCCGAGGUGGCCGCCAUCAACCAAAAAAACUACUACACUGAUUACAUGAAGCGCGAUGAUCAGGUGCUCGCCCUCCGAGUGCAGAACGAUGCGAACCGCGACAAGCUGGUGCAGAGCGCCAAGGACCGCGACCGCGCCCUGUCCAAGCAGCCGAAUGGCGAACUGCCCCUCCCCGUCCCCGACCUGGCGCCGGAGGAUGAGGGCGCCGCCACCCCGGCGGCGGCCAUCGACCCGUCCAAGAUCAUCGUCAUACACCCCGGCAGCCAGAACCUGCGCAUCGGCUUCGCCAGCGACGCCCUCCCCCGGACGGUGCCCAUGGUCCUCGCCACCAAGUUCCCCCAGACCGAGUCGGAGAUGUACGAGGCCCUGCCGCGGCGGCACUUCGAGGCCAAGACGACCGAGGCCCAGUACGGCGAGGAGUGGUCCAGGAAGUACCAGAAGAUGUGCGGCGACCUCAAGGUGGACAUGCGCGCCAACAAGCGUAAGGUGCUGCCCAACUCCAAGGAGCUCGUGCAGACCUACAACCGCCGCACCGAGGCCGAGAUCAUCCAGAAGCACAACGACCCGCUCGAGGUCGAGUGGACCGACGUCAAGAAGCUCGAGGAUCCGGAGUCCUUGGCCUCCUGCUUCAUCGGCAACGAAGCCCUGCGCAUCCCCGACGACUCGUCGCCCAAGUUCAAGCUCUGGUGGCCUAUCCAGUCCGGCUGGUGGAACGAGGACGGCUACAACAGCAAGGAGCACCUGUUCGACGACUUCGAGACGCUGCUCGACAACGCGCUCCGCCAGGAGCUGGGCCUCCGCCGGAACAGCCAGUGGAAGCAGUACAGCUGCGUCUUCGUCAUCCCCGACCUCUACGACAAGCAGUACGUCGAGCAGGCGCUGCGGUCGUGCAUGUCCUGGUUCGAGUUCAGCAAGGUCAGCUUCGUGCAGGAGAGCAUGGCCGCCACCUUUGGCGCCGGCUACACCCAAGCGUGCGUCGUCGAUGUCGGUGCCCAGAAGACGUCGGUGACGUGCGUCGAGGAUGGGCUCUGCCUCGAGGACUCACGCGUCAACCUCAAGUACGGCGGCUACGACAUCACCGACACCUUCCUCAAGAUGAUGCUCUACGACAACUUCCCCUACCAGGACAUCAACCUGCGCAGGCGCUACGACUUCCUCCUGGCCGAGGAGCUCAAGAUGAGGCACUGCACCAUGUCCCAGGCCGACAUCUCGGUGCAGCUGUACCAGUUCCACAUCCGCGCGCCCAACCGGCCGACGGCCAAGUACCACUUCAAGACGUACGACGAGGUCAUCCUGGCGCCCUCGGGCGUCUUCGACCCCACCAUCUUCGACAACAGCACCAAGCUGCGCGGGCGGCGCACGCUGGUGCCGCGCUCCUACAACGCAUACGACAUCGACAUGCCCGACGACCCGACAUCGGCCGCCCAGCUGGCCGUUCUCAAGAUGGUCGACCCAUCCGUCACCACCACGUCUACGUCCAACGGCGGACCGUCGCAGCAACUCUCCGGCGGCGGCGGCGGCGGCGGCGACGUGUCGACGCCUGUCAAGGACAGGUCGCAGCCGUUCAGCUUCUCCGUCCGCGGCGGCGGCGACAGCAGCGCAACGCCCAUGGGCUCCCACGCCGGGUCGCCGGCACCCGAAGGCGCGGGCACCCCCGUGCCGGCACCAUUCGUCUUCGGCAGCGGCAACAGCAAUAGGGAUGCCACCAACGGCGGCAGCCCCGCGCCCACGGGAUCGCGCGCGGCCGGCACCCCCGUCCCCGGUCAGAACGGCAGCGGCAGCAACAACGGAAACCAGGCAUCGCAGCAGGCCCCGGCAGGUCUGUUCGUCGACUCGGCAGCCCGGACGGCCGAGAUGGUGGCGGCCAAGAGAGACUCGGUCCUCCCCGCCAUCCCGCUGGACGUGGCCAUCCUCACGAGCAUCGAGACGGCGGCCCGCGGUGACGAGAAGAAGCUCCGCGACUUCCUGGGCAGCAUCAUGGUCAUCGGCGGCGGCGCCAAGGUCCCCCACUUCACCGUGGUGCUGGAGGAGAAGCUCAAGCAGCGCCGGCCGGACCUGGUCGAGAGGAUCCUGGUCAGCAGGAGCGCCAGGGACAUGGACGAGCAGGUCGUCACGUGGAAGGGCGCGAGCGUGUUUGCCAAGCUGCCCACCAACGAUUCGUGGAUCACGCCGUAUGAAUUUGAGAGGCAUGGAUCCAGAACACUCCACCACAAGGUCUUGUGGAGUUGGUAG